AUGGGCUACUUUUACCUUGCUACAGCCUUUGUAGCACUAACAGCAUACAUCGCUUAUCGCAGCUUCUUUGACGGUCUACAUACAUAUCCUGGCCCCUUCUUGGCUUCUCUGACCGACGCGUGGCGGAUGCUUGACUCGGCGCUCGGCGCCCAUCGACCAACCUCGCUCAUUCAACUUCACAAACAGUACGGCGACGUCGUUCGGACGGGCCCGGAAACCCUUAGCUUUGCGCAACCAGAAGCGAUCAGGGAUAUCUACGGUACCGACAAGCAGUUUACCAAGUCGGAUUUCUACUGGACGGUGGCUGCUACCGCCCGAGGGAAGACGACGCCAAGUCUCUUCUCUAGUGUCGAUGGGGAGUGGCAUGAUAAUUUGAGGAAGGCUAUCCAGCCUGCUUUCAACUUGAGCGCUUUGGUACAGUAUGAGCCUUUCGUCGAUAGUACAAUCAGAAGCCUUCUCAGUCAGCUGGGGGAUCGAUAUGCAGACCGUUCGGGAGGUGCUAGCGUUGUCAAGCUCCAGCAAUGGAUGCACUGGUACGCUUUCGAUGUUGUGGGCGAGCUUACCUACAGCGAACCGUUUGGUUUCAUGGAAACGGCCGGCGACGUUGACGGAAUCAUUCGCAAGGCACAUUUUUAUCUCACAGGCUACUUCAGCGCUGAACCGAACCCAGUCGUCAGGUUUGCUAUGAGUCGGCAAGCUGUGCGUGCCAAGGGCGAGGACACGGGAAACGGUCAAGACCGAGUGGACUUGCUAGAUAAAUUCCUCUCGACCAAAGCGAAGCAUCCUGAGACUAUUGGCGACCGAGAAGUCCUCGGGCUCGGGAUAAGCAUGGUCCUCGCCGGCUCGGAAAGUACGGCCGUCACGCUCAGCGCAUGCUUCUACCAUGUCCUUCGCUCGGUUGGCGUAUAUAAGAAGCUGCAAGUAGAGGUCGACCAAGCUUUUCCUACCUCCGUGAUAAGCGAAGCUGUCAGCUUCCAGUCUUCGCAGAAGCUGCCAUACCUGGACGCCUGCAUCAAGGAGACAUUUCGUAUUCACCCUGCCGCACGUUUUACGCCGGAAAGGGUGCUCCCACCGCAAGGUGCAAUGAUCGCGGGCAAGCAUGUCUCCGGCGGGAAGAUCGUUGGUGUGAAUGCUUGGGUGGUGCAUCGUUGCAGCCGGGUCUUCGGUGCGGACCUGGAGGUCUUCCGACCGGAGCGGUGGCUAGUGGCCGAUCCACAGGAUCAGAUGAGGGUCGAUUUGAUGGACCGGACAUUAUUUCAGUUUGGGGCAGGCAGGUUUGGAUGUAUCGGCAAGAACUUCAGCUUGCUGGAGAUUUACAAGGUAGUGCCGACGCUGCUACGGGCUUUUGAGUUCAGGCUUGUAGAGCCGGCAAGGGAGUGGCGGUUCGAGAGCGGCAGUUUUGCUAACGUAAGCGGUGUCGAUGUAAUAAUUACGAGGCGAAAGUAG